GCCGACGAAGCGUAAAACGGGCGGCUUCGCUGCCCAAAAGCCGCUGCGCACCGCACCGGGAAAGCCCGCGGCGCGCGGCCCGACCGGACGGCAGCUCGACCGGACGGCAGCGUCGCACGCGGCACAAGAACAGCGACACACACGGGCAGCUUCACGGGCAGCAUGGCCGACGACCGCGUGCGCGUCUACGCGCGGAUACGGCCCCAGGGCACGAGCCGCGAGGAAUUUGGGGACGCGGCCGUGCGCUGUCUUGGAGAGAACAGCGUGUCUGUAGACGAUUUGGAGGGGGCCGUCAACGACUCAUUGAGGAACAGCGUGCAGGGCGGCGUCGCCCAGGCGGCGGCGGCGACGCGCAAGUUUGAGUUCGACGGGAGCUUCGGUGGUAGUAGUACGCAGGCCGACGUCUUUUCGGACGUCGGGGCGCCGGUCGUAAGGGCCGUUUUACAGGGUUAUCACGGCUGUAUAUUUGCCUACGGCCAGACCGGUAGCGGGAAGACCUUUUCCUUGCUGAAUGCUGGUACUGCUGCUAAGAAUUUCGAAGAUGCGGGACUCUUACCGAGAUUGGUAGCUACUUUAUAUGUAAGGGCAGGCCAGGACGCGGCCCAUCAAUAUGCCGUCGAGUGCGGCGCCUUCCAAGUGUACAACGAGCAGGUCGCCGAUCUCUUACAUCCGGAACACCGCAACGGCAAGGGCCAGAACCUGUCCGUGUCGAAGAAGGACGGCCACGGCCAAGUAGAUAACCUGACGUGGAAGCCUUGCGCCUCGGCCAAAGAGUUGCUAGAUCAUUUUGCCUAUGCUCGCAAGAACGUCAUCUAUGCGGAGACGAAGAUGAACAAGGCGUCUUCUAGAAGCCAUGCGUGCUUUCAGUUGCGCGUAACACGAAGGGAAAAGAACUCGACCAAAGGUUCCGUGUCGCUUUGUAGUGUGGUCGAUCUAGCCGGCUCGGAACGAGUGAAAAGAAGUGGAGUGGCCGGCAAGGAGUUGAAGGAGGCGAUCAACAUCAACGGUAGUUUACUUGCGCUGGGCAACGUGGUCGCAGCUCUGGCAGCGAAGAAGAAGCACGUGCCCUACCGCGAUUCUAAAUUAACGCGCGUUUUAGAAGGUUCGGUGGGCGGGAACUGCCGCACUACUUUACUCUGCUGCGCUUCCCCAGCAGCCGACUCUACCUCAGAGACGCUAUCCGCCCUAAGCUUCGCGCAACGAGCGAUGCGCUGCGAGUGCAAGGCCGUCGUGAACGUCGCCGAGGUGGGUGAUUUCUCCGGCGCUCUCGGUCUCGUCGAGAUCAUCCCGGACCCGGAAGCUGAUAAAAGGCAAAGAGCUCUGGUCGCCGCCGAGCGAAAAACUUCAGAGUUGUCCAAGGAGAAGGAGGCGGCGUUACUGAAAGCUAAGAAAGAGCAAGAGGCCGCCGCGGCCGCUCGUAAAGAGGGCAAGAAGCAGCUCGAGGAGGCGAGGCGCAAGGACAAAGAAAACCAAAAGUUGAACGGUGACCUGAAAAAGUUGACCGAGCAGAAUACGACCGUCCAGACGGAGCUUAGCAAAGUCAAGGAGGACGCGAAAAAAGACCGGGCCGCCCUCCAGCUUAAAUUGGAUCAACUGUCCAAGGAGAAGGACGCAGCUGUCCAAGAGUCGGCGCGCCUGAAGACCGCGCGGGAUAGCCUCGAGAAGAAACUAGGCGAGACGAAGACCGAACUCACGAAGGCGCAGGCUUCUUUCAAGAAAUCGGAGGCGACGGCCGCGAAGCUAGGCAAGGAGCUGGAGUCGACGAAAACCGAGUUGAGUUCCGUGCGGAAGGAGCUGAGUGCGCGCGCGGCGCUGUCCCAGGACGAGGUGGCGAAGGAGCGCGAGGAGCGAAGGUUGGAAGCGGAGCAGCUCCGAGGCGAGGUCGAGGCGAAGGCGGAGGAGGUGUCUACUCUGUCCGAAAAGUGUAGCGGAUUGGAGGGCAAGCUGGCCGCGACGGAGGGCGACCUCGCGCGCGCGGCCUGCGACGCCGCGCUGCGGGCGGCGGCCGCGGAGACGGAGCUGCGCGCGGUUCAUGAACAAUCAAACGCGUCCCAGGAGGCGGCUGCGGCGGAUGCUGAAAAGCGCCUCGCGGCCGCGGCCGAGGCGCACCGCGUGCGCGAGGAGGGCGCGCUCCAGACCCACAUGGCGACGGUCGCCUCGCUCGAGGACGAGCGGCGCGUUGUCGAAAAAGAGUGCACUGAUCUCAGAAAGGAGCGCGACCACGUCGAGAGCGAGCUGGUCCAGGCCAAAGACGAAAUCUCCAGACUCGGCGACGGCCUCGCCAAGGCCAACGUGCAGAAUAGAUCAUUAGAAGCGUCGCUCGCGGCCCUCGAGGAGCGCGCCAUGUCAGAUUCGCAGAAGAGUAGAAAGAGCAUCGGCGAGGCGCGCAAGGAGCUCCAUGAAACGACCGCGAAGCUACAUAUAGAGGAAGAGAAGACCGAGCGCCUCACCAAGGACAAAGCGCGGCUGGAGAAUGAAGUACAAAGUGCGAUCGAGGAGACGGAGGCCGCGCGGCGCGACCAUAUCACAGAGGUCAAGGCGUUGCAUGAAAAGCAUACGGUCGCGUCCCGUAGAGUGGCCUGGGCCUUCUCGUGCGCGCGGUCUAUGAAAGACGAGAAGACGCGAAGCGUCUUGGGGGACCUCCAGAAUUUACAGAGACGCUUCGACGCGCGCGAGUCUAGAGCUGAUGAUUUGAAGACUAUAGCGGUCCUCAAGAAGCGCGUCGCGAGCGCGGAUCAGGCGCGGACGGCGGCAGCUCGCUCAAAAAAGCGCACGGAGCUCGAGCUGGAAAAUGAAAGGCGGAACGACCAGAUCUUCGGGGCGCUGUCCGCGCACGCGGUCGCGGCGAAGAACCGAAAACGGCGCGACGACGCGAAACGCGCGCACUACCAACCUCAAAACGCGCGCGCGGUGCGGGUCGGCGGCGCGCUGCGGCCGGCGCGGGAAGAGCCCGAGCCGGUUGCCUGGCCGGCGCCGCCGACGGACGACACGAAUGCGGCGGUGGCACCACCUCCGACCCCCGACGCGGACGCACCCCCUGCAUGGAUGAUGCCGGCGGCCCGGGUCCCGGCCGUAGGGGACAUCCUGAACUAAGAUCCAAGUUUCCACUGAA